AUGGACGGCAUCUGGGUCGCGAAAGUGCCAGAGGGCGAGGUCCGCACCGAGGUAGACCCGCCGACCCUCGAGGUGCAACUGUACUCCUGGGUCUUCGCGACAACCUUCAUCGCGGGGUUCUCGGUAGUGCUCCGCAUCUUCACGAGGCUGUACAUUGUCCGGACGGCUCUCAACAUCGACGACUACCUGGUGAUUACGUCUCUGAUGUUCACCAUUUCAUUGAUUGUGGUACUAUUCAACAUCGUCGCCCACGGGCUCGCACAUCAUAUGUGGGACAUUCGGUUCGCGACAUAUAAUAUCAACUUUCCCAUUUUGACGAUCGUCGGAACCAUCUUGUACGCGCUCGCUAUCACCUUCUCGAAGUUGUCCAUCCUCUUCCUCUACUUGCGUUUGUCUCCGCAAGUAUGGUUCCGCCGGGGCGUCUACUGCCUUAUCGCCAUCGUUUGCGGUUACUCUAUCGUGUACAUCCUCCUCAACAUCCUGGCCUGCGUGCCUGUUAGAGCAACCUGGGACCUCACAAUCACAGACAAGACUUGCAUCGACCAGUUGAGCAUCUACCUUGCCCUCAGCAUUGCCAACAUCAUCAUGGACUUCUUGAUCCUGCUGCUGCCCAUCCCUGUGGUAAUGCCACUCCAGAUGGCCAGGAGACAGAAAGCCUCGAUCAUUCUCCUAUUUGGAACUGGUGCCUUUGUCGUUGGCGUCGCCAUCAGGCGAACAAUCCCGUUUCCCCAACUCCUCAGCAGUCCUGACUACUCCUGGGACGCAGCUGACGUAUUCGUCUGGUGUUUCAUCGAGAUCAACGCGGGCAUGAUCUGCGCCUCGGUGCCAGCCCUCAAGCCGUUCUUCGUGCGAUACCUGCCUUCCUUCAUCACGUCGCAAAUGAGCAGCAAGCACGGGGCCUCAUCCUCUGCCAAGAACUGCAAGAACCGCCUCAACACCGUCGUUGCGCAGAACAUCGAGCGCCGGCGAAUGCAGGACGAAUCGUACGAGCUCGCGUCGACGGACGGGAAGAAGGACGGGAUCGAGGACGACGAGGCGAAGCUGUGGUCCGGGUACCAGAAGAACGUGAAGUCGGCGCUGGGGUGCCACGCCCGUGACUCCUCGCGGCAGGUGGACGGAGAGAAUAGCAACAGCAGCGUGGAUACGUUGGGCGAUAUUGGCGGCCCGCAAAGGGGUGACCGCACCAUUGUCGUGUCGGCUGAUGGCAUCGGGGAAGGCGGGAGCAGCAGCCGCUACAACGGCAUCAUGGUGCACCGCGAGACGACUGUGCAACACGCACACGGGGAAAGAGACUGA